UUGGAGUUAUAAAUUUUUUUUUAAAAAAUUUGUUUUUGUAUAUCAAUUCAAAAAAUAUUUCAGUCAAUUGUUCAAUACCCUACUGAUCAAACACACAUACCCCUCAUCCACCCAUCCAACCAACAAAAAGUUAUGGCAUCAGUCAGUAUCCAACCAUCACUGGACGGUCCGAUUUUUAUGGUCGACCCCUCACAGAACUAUAGGCCCGACUAUAAAGACGAAGCCGACUUUCGUGUCUAUAACAACAACGAUAAGGACGAUGAGAUGCAGCAAAUGAUUUACGAAACCUAUCGGCAAAUGCAUGAGCGCCAGACUGUCCAGUUUGUUACCGACCGAACCGAGUCGUGGACACAGUUCGAUACCAUUGAACUGCCGAUUAUGGAAGCACUGGAAAAGUUGAAUACAUUUGUCGAUGAAUCGGAUCCCGAUAUUAGUCUACCGAAUAUGGUUCACGCAUUUCAGACGGCCGAAGGCAUCCGUAAAGUACACCCGGAUUUGGAUUGGUUUCAUCUGACCGGUCUGAUCCAUGAUUUGGGCAAAAUAAUGGCCAUCUAUGGCGAACCUCAGUGGGCAGUAGUGGGCGAUACGUUUCCGGUUGGCUGCGACUAUGGCCCGAGUAUUGUCUAUGUUGAGACUUUUGCCGGUAAUCCUGAUCGUCAAAAUCCUGUGUAUUGUUCAGCAAACGGUAUGUACAGACAGGGAUGUGGUCUGGAAUCGGUAAUGAUGUCCUGGGGUCACGACGAAUAUAUGUAUCGGGUAUUGAAAAAUCAUCGACAAUGCAAACUACCCGACGAAGCACUCUAUAUGAUUAGGUAUCAUAGUUUUUAUCCGUGGCACAGGGGUGGCGACUAUAACCACCUGUGCUCGCCGAAAGACCUGGAAAUGUUACCCUGGAUCCGGGAGUUUAAUAAAUUUGAUUUAUACUCCAAGUGCCCGGAUCUGCCCGAUAUGGAAACCCUGAUACCCUAUUAUCAGUCCCUGAUUGAUAAGUAUAUACCGGGCAAAGUCAAGUUUUAAAAAUUUAUUUUUUAUCAUUAAUU